AUGGUCCGCACGCUCUACGCCCUCAGCGCCGUGUUUCUCCUGAUGGGAUUUCUGCUCCCCGCAGCAGAAGGGAGAAAAAGGAACCGCGGCUCUCAAGGUGCCAUCCCUCCUCCCGACAAAGACCAGCCCAAUGAUUCAGAGCAAAUGCAGACGCAGCAGCAGCAGCAGUCGGGCUCCAGGCAUCGGGAGCGAGGCAAAGGCAGCUCGAUGCCUGCCGAGGAGGUGCUGGAGUCCAGCCAGGAGGCGCUGCACAUCACCGAGCGCAAGUACCUGAAGCGGGACUGGUGCAAAACCCAACCCCUCAAACAGACCAUCCACGAGGAAGGCUGCAACAGCCGCACCAUCAUCAACAGGUUCUGCUACGGCCAGUGCAACUCCUUCUACAUCCCCAGGCACGUCCGGAAAGAAGAAGGCUCCUUCCAAUCGUGUUCCUUCUGCAAGCCCAAGAAAUUCACCAGCAUGACUGUUACCCUCAAUUGCCCUGAGCUGCAGCCCCCGCGGAAGAAGAAGAGGAUCACCCGGGUGAAGGAGUGCCGGUGUAUAUCCAUCGACUUGGACUGA